AUGGGCAACGUACAAGAGCCAGCUAAACCAGCAACCAAAUUUGAUAAUCUUUUGGAAGAUUGUCCACAUCCAAAAGGAUGUUUGGCUUCAUUUAUGAAAACUGUUCCUGUAGAGGUGAAAUUACACACCUUUUCAUACGUUCCAAUGAAGGAUUUACCUAAUUUAUUGUUAAUUUCUAAACGAUUGAAAAAUUCCAUUCUUGGAUUUGAUAAUUUAUUUGAAAUUUAUUAUUCUGAAUUUAGAAAGACGGCAUUCGAUGAAAGAAAACAACUUUCAAGAGGAAGGUGGAAUUAUGACCUAGAUGAAAGUUAUUAUCCACAGAUUAUUCCAGAAAAUAUGAAAGAAAUUCAAACAAAAUAG